AUGGUUCUGUACAACACAAGUGAUGUGUUUAACCCAGUAAUGCCUGACCUCGGCAGUGUGGAUGGGUUGGUUACCAUCAAGCUGAAAGAACUGAAACUGCGUUCAAUAGACAUAGAGCAGGAAGAUCGGAUCAAGUUUGUGGGCGACAUCGACAAGAACAACAUCUCGUUGCUUCUGGACCAGGUGGAUUUCGAGGAUUCGGGUUUGUACACCUGCUCUUUCAAGAACCCCAACGAGAGAAACCAGAUUGUGAAUGCCACCAUCAAGCUGAUCAUCGUGAGCGAGUUUGCCAAAGUGGACAACACGUUGACUUUCAUGAUCUUGGCUGGGAUCGGAGCGUUUCUAGGGUUAAUCAUCGUCAUUCUGAUUAUUAAGAAGCUUGUAGUCUUUUUAAUUAAGCGAGUUGGAAAAAAGAAUGAGUGCCUGGUUAACUCCUCCGCCCACGACAACACCGACAACGGACAUUACGGUUCCAACACCGACCUUAAAAGCCGGCCGAAGGCGUGAAGACCCCACAAACAGCCAGCUUACUGACAGCCAGCCUCUCAUGCUUAGAAAUAAUGGGGAUGUGUCUGUGGCUCACACUAACACAGUGCACAAGGUAACCCGCCACACACUUACUAGACAAAGCCCUAAUGAAAUGGGGGCAAGCAUGUAAUCAGGUCUGUGUGUGUAUGUGGGGUGGGGGGAGGGUGGGGUUUGGGUGGGAUCUGCUUUGGAAUGGAGCUAUAGGGAGCUCAGCUGGGAUUUGCUCAGGCACACCACAAAAAUAUUGUCUGCAAAGCCCCCACCCCUCCAUACGCCCCCACCACUCCAUACACCACUCC